AUGACCGUUACACCAGACCAAAUACACAAUUCCGAACUCCCAGUGAGGGAAAGAAUGGAAGCACUCAUCAGGUUGAAGCAGCAGGAGAUCACCAAGGGGAUAGCUGCUCUUGACACUGUUGACUUCCAUGUCGAUGAGUGGACCAGACCAGGACACGGAGGUGGUGGUAGAACAAUGGUGAUACAGAACGGAUCCACGUUCGAGAAGGGAGGAGUCAACAUUUCCGUGGUGCACGGGACGUUACCCCCUGCUGCUGUGCAGAGAAUGAGAGCCAACCACAAGAACAUUGAAGGCAAGGGCGCUGAUGGCAGUGUGAAUUUCUUUGCCUGUGGGUUGUCGAUGGUUAUCCAUCCCAUCAACCCUCACGCACCAACAAUGCACGCCAAUUACAGGUACUUUGAGACCACGGACCCGGAAACUGGAGAUGUUCAGGCGUGGUGGUUUGGAGGUGGUGCUGACUUGACGCCUAGCUAUAUCUACGAAGAGGACUGUGUAAACUUCCAUAAGCUCCACAAGGACGCCUUGGACAAGUACGACUUGGAAUUGUACCCCAAGUACAAGAAAUGGUGUGACGAAUACUUCCAUAUCAAGCACAGAAAUGAAACCAGAGGAAUUGGAGGAAUCUUUUUCGAUGAUUUCGACAGCAAGCCGGCGGACGAAAUCUUAAAGAUGGUCGAGACUCUCUUUGAUGUGAUUUUGCCAGCUUAUGUUCCAGCAAUCUUGAAAAGAAAGGACUUGCCCUACACCGAGGAAGAGAAGCAAUGGCAGCAGAUCAGAAGAGGUAGAUACGUUGAAUUCAACUUAGUCUUGGACAGAGGUACGCAGUUUGGUUUGCAGACGCCAGGUUCUAGGGUAGAGAGUAUUUUGAUGUCAUUACCGGCCACUGCCAGUUGGGCGUACGAUCACCAUCCUGCCGAGGGGACUGAAGAAGAUAAGUUGUUGAAGAUUUUGGCCAACCCAGUCGAGUGGGUCUAG